CCCAAAAUCCAAGAACACUCUUCACGCUUAAUUUCUCCCUUCCCACACGGGUUUUGGUGGCGUUGUAAACAAUGCUGCUUCCUCUCUUCUUCUUCCUCUUCCUCCUCCUCAAUCUCCAUCUCUCCUCCUCCUCUAUCUCCUUCCCUGAUUUUCAGAUCAUCGACGUUUCACAACCUCCUCUUUCCGUCACCGGAACUCUUCCCGAUUUCAACAACACCACUUUCCCCGACGAGUCCAAAUACACUCUUCGUCUUCUCCACCGCGAUAAAUUCCCUUCCGUCAGUUAUCGCAACCACCACCACCGUCUCCAUGCCCGUAUGCGCAGAGAUUCCGACAGAGUCGCCGCCAUUCUCCGCCGCAUUUCUGGGAAAUCUGUACCUCCUUCCAAUUCCAAGUACGAGGUCGACGAUUUCGGCUCCGAUGUGGUUUCCGGUAUGGAUCAAGGAAGCGGCGAGUACUUCGUCAGAAUCGGCGUCGGAAGUCCGCCGAGAGAUCAGUACAUGGUGAUUGAUUCCGGUAGCGAUAUGGUUUGGGUUCAAUGUCAGCCUUGCAAGCUCUGUUACAAACAAUCCGACCCGGUUUUCGACCCGGCUAAAUCCGGUUCUUACACCGGAGUCUCUUGCGGCUCUUCCGUCUGCGACCGGAUCGAAAACUCCGGCUGCAACUCCGGCGGGUGUCGUUACGAGGUCAUGUACGGAGACGGAUCUUACACUAAAGGAACACUAGCUCUCGAAACGCUGACGUUUGGUCGGACGGUGGUUCGAAACGUCGCGAUGGGAUGUGGUCACCGGAACAGAGGAAUGUUCAUUGGAGCCGCCGGGUUAUUGGGUAUCGGAGGCGGUUCAAUGUCUUUCGUUGGUCAAUUAACCGGUCAAACCGGCGGUGCGUUCGGUUAUUGUUUAGUGAGUCGCGGAACCGAGUCGACCGGUUCGUUGGUUUUCGGGAGAGAAGCUUUGCCCGUUGGUGCGUCGUGGGUCCCGCUGGUUCGUAACCCGCGAGCACCGAGUUUCUACUACGUUGGGCUCAUGGGCCUUGGGGUCGGUGGCGUUCGGAUUCCUUUACCGGACGCGGUUUUCGAUUUAACCGAAACCGGUGACGGUGGUGUGGUUAUGGAUACCGGAACCGCCGUCACGAGAUUACCCACGGCGGCUUACGCGGCUUUCCGGGACGGAUUCAAGUCGCAGACAGCGAAUUUGCCGCGAGCUUCCGGCGUAUCGAUAUUCGACACGUGUUAUGAUCUGUCCGGGUUUGUUUCGGUUCGAGUACCGACCGUAUCGUUCUAUUUCACGGAAGGUCCGGUUUUGACAUUACCGGCGAGAAAUUUCUUAAUGCCGGUGGACGAUUCGGGAACGUACUGUUUCGCGUUUGCGGCGUCUCCGACGGGUUUGUCGAUAAUAGGGAACAUACAACAGGAAGGGAUUCAAGUAUCUUUCGACGGAGCCAAUGGCUUUGUUGGGUUUGGUCCCAACGUUUGCUAGCGUUUUUAAAAAAUGAUAACUUUUUUUACGAUUUUUGUUUGUUAGCAAGUAAAAAAACUUUUGUCUCAAACUAUAUAUAUAUAUAUAUGUAUCUGUCUUAUUUAUUAGGUUAUGGUUUGAGAGUUUUAUUAAGUAAUAAUAAUUAGUAUAGAGAGAGUACUGAAAUGUAUAUGUUUUGACCUAAGUUGUGUCUUGAUUUUUUGAUUGGGAGCAUCUGUAAUUUUGGGUCACUGUUUGAUUUGUGAGAUACAAAAUGGAGUGAACCAACUUUCAA